AUGGAUACCUCCACCAGUUUUACCAACAAUUCCAGCUUCCAGAAUUCCCACUUCAUCCUGAUGGGCCUACCAGGAAUACACAAGUGGCAGCACUGGCUUUCCCUGCCCCUGGCUCUCCUCUAUCUCUUAGCUCUUGGUGCAAAUCUCCUCAUCGUGAUCACCAUCCAACAUGAGCCCACACUCCAUGAGCCCAUGUACCAUUUUCUGGGCAUAUUAUCAGUGGUGGACACUAGCCUGGCCACCACCAUCAUGCCCAAGAUCCUGGCCAUCUUCUGGUUUGAUGCCAAGGCCAUCACCCUCCCUGAGUGCUUUGCUCAGAUCUAUACCAUCCACUGCUUUUGUUUCAUGGAGUCUGGUAUCUUCCUCUGCAUGGCAGUGGACAGAUACAUAGCCAUCUGUCACCCCCUUCAAUACCCCUCCAUAGUCACUGAAGCUUCUGUGAUCAAAGCCACAGCAUUCAUGGUGCUCAGGAAUGGCCUGUUGACCAUCCCAGUGCCCAUACUGGCUGCCCAGAGACACUGCUGCUCCAGGAAUGAGAUUCAGCAUUGCCUCUGCUCUAACUUGGGGGUUGUCAGCCUGGCUUGUGAUGACAUCACUGUGAACAAAUUUUACCAACUUAUCUUAGCAUGGGUCCUGGUUGGGAGUGACAUGGCCCUGGUGUUUUCUUCCUAUGCUCUAAUCCUACGCUCUGUGAUGAAGCUGCACUCAGGGGAAGCAAUGUCCAAGGCUCUGAGCACCUGUAGCUCCCACCUCAUCCUCAUCCUCUUUUUCUACUCACGUAUCAUCGUGCUGUCUAUCACACACUUAGCAGAGAAAAAGAUUCCCCUCAUCCCUGUACUCCUUAACGUACUGCACAAUGUCAUCCACCCUGCACUCAACCCCAUGGUCUAUGCACUCAGGAUGCAGGAGCUCAGACUGGGCUUCCAGAGACUGCUUCGGUUGGGUGGAGACAUGGCCGCCAAGUAA